AUGAAUAAUUAACUCUUGCAAUUUUAGUUGAUUUUAUUAUCCUCAUCUGUGAUCACUUUAUUUUACAUUUAUGACCGAGACUUAAAUAAGCAAAAGAUAUCACUAAUGUUUUCUCUGUGUAACAUCAGUAUAUUACUGCUUGAAAUAAGAAUGAUAGGAAAUUUAUAUUGUAUAUAUGUUCUCUAAUGAAUAAUAGAUUUAACAAUAGCAGCAUCAAUAUUCUUAAUAUCAAGAUUGUAUUUCAAAUAACCCCAAUAGACUGAGAUUCCAUAGAUUAAUAUUUUGAAUACUUAAGUCUCAGAACGCAUAGGGAAAAUAGACUAAGAAAUGGAAUAGUAACCUUAAUAUCUACCAGCUAUUCCAUCCAUUUAAGAAAGCAAUUCAAAUCAUACUCCUAAGUAGAUGGCUCAAAUGAAUGAAAUCAAUAAUGUACCUUAAACUACGACAGAAAGAGGACAAAAUCAUCUCAAAUAGGAUUCUGGCAUUAGUUUCUUUGGAGAUAAAAAACGAUCCUCUUAUUCUAAAAACAACAGCAAUGGAGCUCUUCCUCAGCGAUCAAACACUAUUUAACAAACUCAAGGUAAGAAUUAUAAUUAUAUAUAAACAAGCUAAUUUUAACGUUAUAAAGUAUCAAGAUGAUUGUGGAGAAAUCAAAUUUGGUAUCCUCAAGACUUUAAAAUCAAUUAACUAUGAUCAACUAGGCAAAGAGAUAGAAAUUAUAUAUUAGAAUGAAAAAACAUUGACUAGAUUAUUAUCUAACAUUGAAAAAAAAGGAGGACCUCGUAUGUAGAUUCUCUAUGAAAGUCAACCAUAAACAAAUCAUGUUGUUGAUGACAACCUAAGAGGAGCCAUUUAAUUAGAUUAUAUUAAUAAUGAUUCCAUUAAAAAUGAUGAAUUUAAAAAAAUUACUUGGAAGAAAAUUUUAGAGACAUUAAUUUUCUAGAUUGUUUUAAUUUGUAAUUUCUAGAUUAUUCAACCAUGGUAGAUAGAAUAAGUUUUAUUAUUUGCUUUUGUUUCUUUUAGAUAAAUUUUUUAAUUCUCAAAGUUAAAAAUAUAAGAACUUGAAAUCUCGUUUAAAUUUAGACAGAUCUUAAUAUGGACUAUACUUAUAUUUUUGCCUUUGAUUUUUGUAUUUAUCUUAAACAUCAUCCAGUAAACUAUAGCUGCAAAAUUAACUGUUAUUGCCUAAUGGAUCUCAAUUAUGAUCACAUUUAAAUAUUACAAAUCAUGUUAGGAGUAAUUAAUUUUCUUAUCGAUUUUUAGGCAUAUUCAUAUAGUUUCUUUUUAUAUACUUGUCUUGGCCACUCUUCUCUGUUUUAUUUGA